AUGGCCGAAGAUGAGUACGAAACUUUGCCCACUCAUAGUAUUCCGGUUGGUAUCUUUCUUUCCGUUGUUUCAGAAUUUUACUUCAGAAAGUUUAGUUUUGAGAAAGGAAAAUCGCAAAAAGUGAAGUCUGGAAAAGAUUUUCUGUAGCUUUUUUUUUCUUUUUUAAUAAAGAGCCCUCUUUUUUUGUAUUUCUUUAAACUUUUAAGUCUCAUAAGUUUGGUUGGAUUGAAAAAUAAGUUUUUUUGAUAAAAUUAAAGUUCGAAGCUUAUCUAAUUUGGUUUAACAGCGAUUUCGAAUUUCCAUUUCAUUCAGGGCUAUAUAAAAACCGUGAAGUUGAAGUUAUCAUUUUAUGAAGCAUUUUCUGAGGCUGCCAGAUGAAUCAAAAGGCGACAUUUAUCAGAGUUUUUUUUAGAGCUUUUCGCGAAAAAUUUAUAAAGCUUCACAUUGAAAAGCUUGACAGAGAAAAACAAUCUUGAAAAAUCUUUUUUUUUUUCCUUGUGUUCAUCGAUUUUCUUGGGAGAAAGAAAUCAAUAGUUUUGGCUCCUUUUCGAGUGUUUUUCGUAAAAAGAAAGUUCAGGUGCACCUUGCGGCAGGUGCCCUCGCCGGAGCCGUCGAACACUGCGUCAUGUUCCCCUUUGAUUCGGUGAAAACUCGAAUGCAGAGUUUAUGUCCCUGUCCCGAGACGAAAUGUCCUACCCCGGUGCAUUCCCUGAUGAGCAUCGUCAAAAGGUUGGAAAAUUGAAAAAUUAUCGAUUUUUUCAAGUUUUUCUUCGUUGGAAGUAUUUGAUCUACACUAAAUUACUGAUGGAAGCUUUUAAAGUUGAAAUUUUCUAUGCUGGGAUUUUUCGCAGAGUAUUUAAAUUUGAUAUUAUUAUUUUUUUGAUGAGGACUUUCAAAACUUAGGAACCCGUGCGUUUAUCGAUGAUUUCUGUUUUUUACGUUUAAAAAACGCAUAAGAUACACUAAAGUGAGGUUAGAAGUUUUCAAAAAUGAACUUUUUUCAAAUUAUCGGUUUUUUUUUGGUUUUCUGAUAAUUUUUCUGGAUGAGCAUUUUUGGAAUAUUAAAUAGCUGGAAAAGUACACUAAAAUACACUAUAUAACGAUUUUUUUUCUUUUUUUACCGUUGAAAAACUGCCAAGGUACAUCAAAAAUAUUUCAAAGUGAAGUGACUGUUUUGCAGAAUUUUGAAAAUAUAACGAUUUUUUGAAUUUUUCUUCACUUUGCAAUGGGAAGUUGGAAGCGGCUGUUGAGAGUCCAAAAAAAAUUUUAAUUCAAAAAAAAAGAGGAGUGAUUUUAUAUUUCGUGAUUUUAUCACUAAAACUAGGGUUCUGUUUAAAAAAUAGCUUUCUAAACCUAUUUUUCGCUUUUAAGAGAAGGUUGGAUGCGACCGCUACGUGGAAUGAACGCCGUCGCCGUCGGUUCGAUGCCCGCCCACGCCUUGUAUUUUACUGUUUAUGACAAAAUGAAGGUUGAUUAAAUGCUUCCCUUCUUCAAUUUCUCUCUAUCUUUAGGAGUUUUUGACUGGAAACACGGUCGGCCAUGGAAAUUCCCUGUCCUACGCCGCUUCUGGCGUUUUCGCCACGUUGAUCCAUGACGCUGUCAUGAAUCCGGCUGAGGUAGACUUUUUAGGAAACUCUGGGAAUUUUAUAGGAUUCUAGAAAAAUGUAUUUAUCCAUGAAUAGGGACAGGAAAAAGACUAAUUCAUGAGUUUAAAUAAAAGUUGGGAUUUUUGUAAUUUUGAAAAGUCUAUGAACUUUUUUUCGAGUCUGCUAUCUGAUUAGGUACCUAAUUAGAGAAUAUAGAAUUUGGAGAAAAAAAAAAUAAUCAAAACCGUCUUUUUGAGCUCAAGAGCUCGAGAUACAUUGGAAAUUUCAUUUUAGUUUAGAAAGUUUUAGUUUUUCUUUCAAAGUUCAUCUCAUUUUUAUAUUUUUAAAAUCUUAAGACUCAGAGGUCGGUUAUUUAAAGAAAAUCUUCAUAUCACUGUUGUAAAUGCUCUUGAACACCCUAUUUAAUAAUAUUUUUUCAUGUUUGAAACAUUCAUUCAGUCUUCAGAGAAGAUUAUGGAAUAAUUGAAGAUUUUCACAAAACUGUAGUUGAUCAAGAACGGCGCGUAGAUCAGCACGUCUUUUUGUGAUAGAAGUAGACAGUUUCGAGAAUUCCGACGAUUAGCUGCUUCUCCAUGUUACCUGUACCUGAUCGAAAUGUAUGUCCAAUAUUCAGGUUGUAAAGCAACGAAUGCAAAUGGCCUUCUCGCCGUACGGGUCCUCCUUAGAGUGUGUCCGGUGUAUAUACCGACGAGAGGGCCUCGGCGCCUUCUACCGGUCUUACACCACGCAGUUGGCCAUGAACGUGCCCUUCCAAGCCGUCCACUUCACCUGCUACGAGUUCUGGCAACAGGUAAAAACAGGAAUCCCAUCCGAGUAAUUUUUCUGAGAAGGUCAUAAUUGGGCAGACCCCUUUUAAAGGAGGUUUUGAAUCUUCCUUUCUUCUAAAAAGUCGGAAUUGCCUUUUCAUCCUAGAAAGACUGUCCUGAGUUUUCGCUUUUUUUUUUGUGGUCGAAGUACCGUAUUUCUUUAGGCUAAAGAUCUUGAAGCGAAGUCCGUGUACUGUAGUUUUUCUUCCUUUUUCUGAAAAACGUGACAAAUUUGCUUGGAACACUCUAUUUCCAGGUUAUAACAAGAAUCCUCCUGGAAAAUUAAUUUAAGUCAUUUUUUCUGAAAAAAUAAGGUCAUAUUUUGGCCCAAUCUUUUCAAAAGCCGCCAAUUCCUUCUUCAGGGUCUUCCUGAUUUUUUCUUUCUUCUAAAAAGUCGGAACUGCCUUUUUAUCCUUGAAAAACUGUCCUGAGUUGUCACGUUUUCUAUUCUGGCCAAAGUACCGUAUUCCUUUAGGUUAAAGGUCUUGAAGCGAAGCCCGUGUACUGUAGUUUUUCCGAAAAACGGGACAAAUUCGCCUGGAACACUCUUUCUUUCCAGAUUUUGAACCCCGAGCAUAAGUACGACCCGAAGUCGCAUCUGAUCGCCGGAGGACUGGCCGGAGGUCUGGCGGCGGCCCUGACGACGCCGAUGGACUGCGUCAAGACCGUCCUGAACACUCAGCAGACCGCCGAGACUGUGGAAGGAUCUGCGGCUGGAGGAAGGCGGAUUCUUGUCGCUGUGAGCUUUUUUCCGUCAUUUCGAAGCAUUUACUCGCGCCUUGGGAUCGCAAACCGCUAAAGUGAUCCCUAGAAUUGCUCAAAAACGCUUAAUUAGCGUUAGAGAAGCUCGUUCGCCACAAUUGGAAACCUUGGAGCUUUUCUGCGCUCUCUUUCUCUCUCGGCAAUUUUCUCACUUUUAAGUGCUCUUUUCAUGUUUCUCUGACCCUACCUGUGAGGGAACAGAGAGACGCAGAUAGGCAGAAAGUCGAAAUGAUUAUAUUUCAUCCAAAGGGAUAUCAAUACAAGAUCAAUAUUCGUUUUUUCAUAGAAGUGAUAGGUGAUGAACCAGUUUCAGGCCGCCUAUCAAUACCGGGGUGUUUCGGACGCCAUCCGGACGAUCUACACUCAACGAGGCGUCGGCGGCUUCGUUUGUGGUCUGCAAGCCCGUGUCAUUUUCCAGGUAUCUCGUGGGGAAUUUUUAGAAAAAUGUGGAAUCGAAAAAAAGGUUUGCUCUAGUGACCACUUUACCUCCCGUCGGUGGCGCACGGCUUGCAAAAGCGGCCCCUCUAGGGGUUUUUUGUGAAAGGUCCUAUAAUAGGGAAGAUUGCUAGUUCAUUGUUAUUAACCUCUAAUAAAGGUAUUUGGAAAACCCAAUAAAUUGGCGGUAAAAAAAAUUAACAGAGAAGUAACCGAUCAAGUUCUAUUGACUAUUUUUAAUUUUUAAGUCUGGAAAGAAAUUAGAAGACCCCUACAGGAACCACUCAAGCUUUAAGGGCUUAGUAUUCAAACUAUAAACUUCUAAAGAAACCGCCUAAUGAACCCUUAUAUGAAGCCCUUUUAUUUCCCCAGUACGGGCCGUUUUUUUAUAACCCUUUAGAGGCCAUUCUGCCGUUCCUAAGUUAGGGCUUUAAUCUCUCUAAAUUAAUUUUAAUCGUCUUUAUUCGAAAUACUUCUUCCAGAUGCCUGCGACGGCUCUGGCGUGGUCCGUUUAUGAGCUCUUCAAAUUCGUUUUGUCAUUCGAAGGCGGUCAUUCGGCUUGA